AUGGCCGGCGAGAGCAACCCCUACGAGUCUCGACUCUUCAUCAACAAUGAGUUCGUUCACGCAACAUCAGGCCGAACCAUCAGCGUCCAAAACCCUGCCAACGGCGAUUAUGUUGGAGAAGUUGAGGUUGCGGGACCAGCAGAUGUCGACGCCGCUGUUCAAGCUGCGGAGGCAGCAUUCAAGGGACCCUGGUCGACAUUCACGGGCCCUCAGAGGAGAGACUGCCUGAUCAAAUUCGCUGAGCUUAUUGAGAAGCGGAUUCCGGAAAUUGCCAAAUCGGAAACGUUGUCUAUGGGCGCCACCAUCAUGAUAACUCAACAUGUCUUCGGGCCUUGGACCGUUGCCACGCUCAAGUCGUCGGCCGGUUUCGCGGACAAGAUUGAGGGCCAAAGCUUCACGGACCAGGACGAUGGCACGUACAAAAUUGUCGAAUGGGGACCUUCCGGUGCUUGCGCUGCCGUCAGCACUUGGAACGCCGGCCUGGUGUACUUUGCGUUCCACGUUGGAGCUGCCAUUGCUUCCGGCAACACCUUGGUGUUUAAGGCUUCCGAGAAGUCGCCUUUUGACGCUCUCCUCAUCGCUGACCUCAUCCCCGAGGCUGGCUUCCCCCCAGGCGUGAUCAACAUCAUCUCUGGCGACGGGGAGACUGGAGCUCAUUUGGCCUCGCACAUGAAGAUUCGUGUCCUCGGGUUUACUGGUUCAGCCCCAACAGGCAAAAAAGUCGCUGAGCUCGCCGCGAAGAGCAACAUGAAGAAAACCAUUCUCGAGCUAGGCGGGAAGGCGCCCGGCGUUGUGUUCAACGACUGCAACCUAGAUAAUGUGGUACAGGUCUGCGCCAACCAUUUUCUGGCUAUCAACGGCCAAGCGUGCACUGCAAGCACCAGAUUGCUUGUCCAGUCAUCGAUUGCGGAUUCGUUUACGCAGAGGAUGAAGGAAGCUUUUGAGACAGUGGAGGCCACCCUCCCUCGCGACCCGAUUGACCCUUCAUCAGGGAUAGGUGCGCUUGCCGACGAGAAGCAGCUUAAGCACGUACUUGAAGGUCUCGAGAUUGGAAGGAAGGAUGGCUCGGUGCUCACUGGUGGCUCGAGAAAGGGCACAUCGGGCUGCUACGUGCAGCCGACAAUCUUUGUCGAUGUGAAGGAAGGGUCUCAACUCUGGCGCGAGGAGGUCUACGGCCCGGUGGUGCUGAUCAAGACCUUCGAGACCGAGGAGGAGGCGAUCCAGCUGGCGAACGAUACAGAGUAUGGCCUUGCUGCCCAGAUUUUCACCCGCGACAUUGCAAGAGCCAUCCGUGUCGCUCGCAAGAUGGAGGCGGGCGUGGUCACAAUCAACGCUGGCGGGAUUGGUGAUCUCCAGUCAGCAUUCGGAGGGACCAAAGGCAGUGGUCAUGGGCGGACAGGAGGCUGGUACGGAGUCCGAGAGUUCAUGGAGUCGAAGACGAUCAAGAUCAACAUGAAAUACGACAGCUGA